AUGGAAAACUUAAAUCCUGACGGGUUCGCUCGUCUCUCUGCUGAGAUUGCUCGCGCCGUCGCGGAAGCUGUCAGAGAAGCGAUGACUCCACAAGCUCAGCCAAAUCAGCCGCCGCCGGAGGAGGACAAGUCGGUGAACAGGUCACGCAUCAUCGACUCACUAUCCGCACGUCUCUCGAUGUUCAAAUACGAUCCGGAGGAGGAAAUGACGUUCGAAAACUGGUACGUCCGCUACGAGAAGCUCAUCGACGAAGAAGGCGGGAUCCUGGAAGACAAGGCGAAGGCCCGCCUCAUUCUCGCGAAGCUGAACGCCCGGGAGUACGCGCUGUUCGCAAAUCGACUUCUGCCGAAAUUCCCGGACAGUCUGACGUUCGAUGAAUUGAUUCCAAAGCUGAAAGAGACGUUCAAGUCGACGUCGUCGGAGUUUCGCCGCCGCUACGACUUCCUGCAAGCCUCAUACAAUGGAGGAGCUCUCGAGGAGUAUACGGGAACCAUUCUCCGCCGUUUCACCACUUCAAAGUGGAACGACAUGACGGACGAUCAGGUCUGCUGCCUGAUCUGGAUCGUCGGUCUGCGAGACGGUUCGUUCGCCGACAUUCGAACGAAGGCACUGCAGCUACUGGAGAGCAAGCCGGAUACGACUCUUCUGGAACUGGAGGCGAAGAUCAAGCGACUUCUGGAGAUUCGAGACGAUUCGCAACGACUCGGAGCGUCGAAAGGAAAGCCGGAAAUCAACGCCAUCAAGGCAAGGAAGGCAAGUACUUCCCAGAAAACCGCACCAUCGCCAUGUCCGAAGUGUGGCGGAGAUCACUGGGCUCGAGACUGCAAGCUCGAGAACGUCACCUGCAACGUCUGCGGGAAGGACGGCCACAUCGCAAAGUUUUGUUUCAAAAACAAACCGCCGGCCAAGAAAUCGACGAAGAAGUUCCAGAAGAAGAAGGUGAACGCCGUGGCAGUCGCGCAACUUGCCCCGACGCGGCGGAGGAUCUACCUCAACGUUCCGAUCAACGGCACCAGCGUAAAAAUGCAGCUUGACACCGGAUCCGACGUCACCGUACUCAACAUACGGGACUGGAGGAAGAUUGGAACGCCGCCGCUCACCAAGUCGACCGAGAAGCUCCUGUCUGCGUGCGGAUCCGAGAUUCGCACAAAAGGAGAGUUCCGCUGCCAGUUCAAACUGCACGGAAAGGAGUACGAGGGCUCCGCCCACGUUGCCGAGACAGCUACACUUCUUGGCAUGGAUUGGAUGUCCCUCAACUCGGCGCUGCUGCACUCGCUGAUCGAUUCGCCGGACACUCAGUGUCCAGGUGACCAACAAGAAGGCGCCGCUCAACAUGUGCCGCGAGGAACUGCUCAAGAAGUUGAAGAAGAGUCAUCCAAACGUCUUCACAACUGGAUUGGGCACGUGCACCAAGGGCCGAGCGACUCUUCGACUGAAACCGGACGCGAGACCCGUCUUCCGAAAGGCUCGCCCGGUUCCGUACGCGAGACUACCCGCCAUCACCAGGGAGAUUGAACGGCUCGUCGCCAAACGAGUCCUGGCCCCAACGAACCAUUCGGAAUGGGCCGCUCCCAUCGUCGUCGUCAUGAAGAAGACUGGAGAAAUCCGGCUCUGCGCCGAUUUCUCGACCGGACUCAACGAGUGCCUCCAGCAACAUCAGCAUCCGUUGCCAACACUCGAAGACAGUUUCACAAAACUGAACGGUGGAUGUCUCUUCACGCAAAUCGAUCUGGCGGAGGCGUACCUGCAAGUGGAAACCGACGCCAAGUCGGCCGAGUUGCUCUGCGUCAACACACAUCUUGGACUCUUCCGCUACCAACGCCUUCCCUUCGGAGUGAAAACUGCGCCGGCGAUCUUCCAACAGAUCAUGGAUUCACUCGUAGCUGGAAUGGAAGGGACGACGGUAUACCUCGACGACCUUAUGAUCUGCGGAAGGACGGUUGAGGAGCACAACCAACGCGUCGCCGCCGUGUUCGCCCAGCUGGAUGAGUACGGGUUCCGCAUCAAACCGGAGAAAUGCCAUUUUCUCAUGCCCAGAAUCAACUUCUUGGGUUUCCAAAUCGACGCAGAGGGACGCCGCCCGGAUCCAGCCAAGAUCCAAGCGAUCAUCGACAUGCCGCCACCGAAGAACGUGACGGAAGUGCGAGCGUUCCUGGGAAUGAUCCAGUUCUACGGAUCUUUCGUGCCAGCUCUUCACGCUCAUCGCCGACCGAUCGACGCUCUCACCAAGAAAGACGUCAAGUUCGAGUGGAAUGCCUCCUGUCAAAAGGCAUUCGAAGCCGUCAAGCGGAUUCUGAAUUCCGGUCUUCUGCUCACUCACUACGACCCGAGUCUACCGAUAAUCGUUGCUGCCGACGCCUCGCAAUACGGCAUCGGUGGCGUGAUUUCCCACCGUUGGCCAAACGGAACGGAAAAGGCGAUCUUCCACUUCAGUCGUGCUCUGACGGACACCCAACAACGGUAUAGUCAGAUCGAGAAGGAAGGGCUCGCUCUCGUCACCGCCGUGACGAAAUUCCAUCGAUACCUGCAUGGCCGUCGAUUCACGCUUCGUACGGAUCACAAACCGCUGCUCAACAUCUUCGGAGGAUCCAAAGGAGUACCGAUUUACACUGCAAAUCGACUCCAGCGAUGGGCCACUAUUCUUCUUAACUACGAUUUCGACAUUUCGUACGUCAAAACGGAAGAUUUUGGCCAAGCCGAUGCUCUGUCUCGCCUCAUCGAUCAGCAGGCCCGCCAAGCCGAAGAAACCGAGGUGAUCAUCGCUCAAAUUGAAGUUCAAGCUUCGCCGGAACUCGACAGCCAAUGCCACCAACUCCCCGUCACAGCCGCAAUGAUCCGUAAACACUCAAAAACGGACCAUCUCAUCCAAAGAGCCAUGGCGUGUGCCGAACGAGGAGACUGGCCGGAGAAUCUCGAAAAGGAGCCGGCGCUUCAGCAAUUUUCGAGACGUCGCCAACAGCUGUCGAUCGUCGAAGGCUGUCUGAUGAUGGCUCAUCGUGUCGUCGUUCCGGAACGUCUCCGACAACGUGUGCUCGGUGCGCUGCACAGGGCACACCCGGGAAUCGUCCGAAUGAAGGCGCUCGCGCGCAGUUUCGUCUUUUGGCCGGGAAUCGACAAGGAUAUCGAGCAGAUUGUGCAAAGCUGUGACAACUGCGCUGCCGCUGCAAAGAAUCCGAUCAAAAACGUGCUCUACUCGUGGCCAAAAUCGUCUGCUCCGUGGACACGCGUGCACGCAGAUUACGCCGGUCCAAUCGACGGAAUCUACUACUUGGUGGUGGUGGAUUCGUUCUCCAAAUGGCCCGAAGUGAUGGCGACCAAAUCGAUCACAUCGACGGCAACCAUCAUGCUCUUCGGGAGGAUUUUCGCGCAGUUCGGAAAUCCCGAGACGCUGGUGACGGACAAUGGAACACAAUUCUCCGCGCAGUUGUUCCAGUCUUUCUGCGAGGAACGUGGAAUCAACCAUCUCUUCUCGCCGCCCUAUCACCCGCAGUCUAACGGCCAGGCCGAAAGGUUUGUCGAUACGUUCAAGAGAACCAUGAAGAAACUACAGGGGGAGUCGGAAAGGGACGACGCUCUCAACGUCUUCUUACAAAUCUACCGAUCGACUCCGUGUGCAGCCGCACCGCAGCAGAAGUCGCCCGCCGAAAGUUUCCUCAAUCGACCGAUGCGCACGCCACUCCAGUUGAUCCUGCCCACGAAAAGAUCCGCGGAUUCUGACAGGAAUCGUGACAUGGAACGACAAUUCAAUGUUCAUCACGGAGCUCGCCGACAGGAUUACCGACCGCAUCAAGCAAUCUACUCAAGGGACUUCCGCAAUCCGGCCAGACCAACUUGGAGUGCCGGGAUUGUGAUCAAGAAGCUCGGGAACACCGUCUACGAGGUAGAAGUAGACGGAUUCCGCUGGAAGAGACACGCGAACCAUCUGAAGCCGAGGAUUCGACGUCAACCGCUGGAGGAGCUGAUCGACACGUUCGGAUUGGGACAAUCGAAGGAUUCAACGGCGCCGAGGGAUAUGGACGACACGAAGGAUGUGACGGACAUGGACAACUCGGAGAAUCUGGAUCGGGACGACGCGAUGGAUACGGACGGUUCGGACGACCCGAAGGAUCGAAGGGAUGCCGAGGAGUCACAGGACGCUGAGGAUACCGAGGAUCCGACGGACGGCCCUGGAUCGGAUGCCGUCUCACCUGCUCAAUCGCCGAAGCCUCUCAGACGUUCAACCAGGAAUAGAAUCGCCGCAAAGCGAUUCGAGAUGAACCCGUCGAAACAAAGUUACCAUUGA